UGCUUUACGAAAAGCAGCACAUUUUUUACUUAAAACUUUAUCCGGCAUUGCGUAUAUUUUAAACCUUUCCUUUCUACAAGACCUCAAGGAUGCUCAAAAGUGUUUUAACGGCUUGUGUUAAUCAGUACAAAUCAUCGUUGUGGGUGCGAAACUAUGGCAAGCAUAACAAAAAGUUUCUCUACAAGGAUGGAGUAAAGAUGCACAACAUAAUCUACUAUCCGAGGGAAAGCAAUGCACAUUCGCUUCCGGAAACAAACGAGUCAUCGAAGCUUUUCCGAGUUCGCCGGAUCAAACCUAUCAAAGGAUGUCCUCACUGGGAGAAGCGAAUCCUAAGGGAUCUUGGACUUUAUGAGUCUAACGCUGUAGCAGUCGUUAAAAAUAUCCCCGAGAACAACGCCCGACUAUGGAAGAUAAAGCACUUAGUUGAGGUUCUCCCGAUCCGGUUUCCUCAUGGGGAACCAACGGAGGCAGACGUCAACUACACCUUCCUGAAAGAAAAUGGCGAUUGUGUUGUGGUAAAAGAAAUACCGGCGCGUACGGCCCGUGACGAUCGUUUGGAAGCUGCUGUACAGUUCACCCAGCUUGAAGAAAGGAUGGACGGAGAAACGUUGCGAAAGGAUUCACGCCUCAAGUGGCUUAAUCCGUGGUAGCUGUUAUGUAUGUUCUUGAUAUAAUGUUUCUUAGAAUGUUCUAAUAAAAUGCAAUGGUAAAUAUAA